AUGGCACACGAACAAUCAGGUUCACUGCCGCAAUACUAUGGUCAGACAAUCGACGGCACCGUGGUCGAGAGCCCCAAAUUUCCUCUAGGUUCCCAGAGCAGCCGCGAUGCACUCCUCAGACUGCCCAUUCAACCUAAUGCUGCACAUGUGAACCAUCCAGACCAGGAGCUGAUGUCGCCUGUCAACGCGAUGCCAAACUCUCCCAACAUGAUGGGCAUGGGACCCGCUUCCGGUGGCGGUGGAAGCAGAAGCCGCGCCAAGACAGUAGGGGAUAGCAGUCGCUGGAUGGUGCCACACAAGACUACUCUGAUGAAGAUGACCGACUUCGCGCAUAUCGCCGUCCCGCACGGAGACGCACUCGGCCGCCACCUGCACAUGGUCGUUUUCUUGGCCCGACGGGACGGUACUCCUCCGAACAAGAUCCGCGUGGCAGUAUGGAUGGAAGACAUUCGAGCUACGAGUAUGGCUAUGAAAGCGACACGCCCACCAAGGCGCGAUUCCACGCCAGCUAUAGAUUUUGUGGCCUUCGUCGGCGAGUUUGUGGGUACUACCAUGUUCCUCUUCUUUGCCUUUUCCGGCACCCAAGUGGCGAAUGUCCACUCCGAAGGCAGUUCCAACACCACCACAGGUGCAGACACAGGUUUCUCCCCGCAAGUCCUCCAAUACAUUUCCCUUGUCUUCGGUUUCUCCCUAAUGGUCAACGUCUGGAUCUUUUUCCGCAUUUCUGGCGGCCUGUUCAACCCCGCUGUCACCUUCGCAAUGCUGCUUACCAAGGCCAUGUCCCCAAUACGCUUCUUCUUGCUCUUGGUUGCGCAGCUCGCGGGCAGUAUUUUUAGCAGCUAUUUGGUCAGUGUGAUGUUUCCGACGCCGCUGAAUGUUAGGACUACCUUGAGUGCAAAUACAAGUCUCGCAAGGGGAGUUUUCAUCGAGGCCGUGUUGACGGCAGAGUUGGUAUUCACGAUUUUCAUGUUGGCAAAAGAGAAGCAUAAGGCAACUUUCAUCGCCCCCGUAGGUAUCGGACUCGCGCUGUUCGUCGCAGAGCUUGUCGGCGUGUACUACACCGGGGGCUCGCUCAAUCCGGCGCGAUCCUUCGGGCCUUGCGUGGUGACGGGCAUUUUCGACCGCGAACAUUGGAUCUACUGGGUCGGACCGGCUGCUGGUGCCGUGCUUGCUGUCGUCUUCUAUAACUUCAUCAAGAUUCUGGAAUACGAGAUGGCGAACCCUGAUCAGGAUGCUGAUGACAAGGACGUCAAGGAGAAGCAGAACAGUGAUUGA